AUGUCAGAUAUCCAGAAGACUGACUCUCGCGUCGCUCAAGUCGAGGACAUCGAGCCAGUCAUCUAUGGCAACCAAUAUGACGACCUCGUCUCGAGCCUGCUCGCCAGCGACAAGACGCCCUGGUACCAGAAGCCCAAUCUGCGCCGGCUAUAUCUGCUUUUCAUCGGGAGUGUGCUCUGUGUGGAGACCACGUCGGGGUACGAUGCGUCGGUCCUGAACGGUCUUCAAGCGGUACCAAGAUGGACAGCUUACUUUGACAAUCCCGUUGGAACUAUGCUCGGUCUGAUCGGCUCCAUGUACGCGCUUGGAGCCAUCGUCUCGGUUCCCUUCGUCCCCAUCAUUGCCGACAGAUUUGGUCGUCGUCGUUGUACUCAGCUAGGCUGUCUCAUUCUUUUGCUUGGUGCUGGUCUGCAGGCUGGAUCUAUCAAUACUCCCAUGUUCAUGGUCGCUCGAGUCAUUAUCGGAAUAGGAAUCACUCCUGCAAUCGUCGGCGCGUCCAACCUCAUCAGUGAAUUGGCGCACCCCAAGGAGCGCGCUCGACUUGGAUCACUCUUCAACGCCUUCUUCUUCACUGGAUCCUCUCUCGCGGCCAUCAUCACCAUCGGGACUUUCAAGAUGCAGAAUGACUGGGCGUGGCGUAUUCCGAGUCUUCUCCAGUCUCUGCCUGCUAUGGUCUCUCUGAUCUUUAUCAACUUCAUCCCCGAAUCGCCUCGAUGGCUCGUCGCCAAGGGUCGCGCCGACGAGGCGUUCGCCAUCCUCGUCAAGUACCAUGCCGAGGGGGACGAAAGCUCCGAGUUUGCCCAAGCCGAAUUCGCCCAGAUCCAGCAGACCAUCGCUCUCGAAAAGGAACUCAGCAAGCAAUCUUGGAUGACCCUGCUCAAGACCAGCGGGAACCGGAAGCGCACACUUAUCGCCGCAUUCCUUGGUCUCGCCACCCAGUGGUCCGGUAACGGUCUCAUUUCCUACUAUCUAUCCCCUAUUUUAAUCAACGUCGGUAUCACCGACUCGCAAACCCGGCAGGUCAUCAACCUCGGUCUCACCCUCUGGGGCGCCAUCACAGCAUUCACCAUCGCCUUCCUCGCCACCCGUUUCCCCCGUAGGCGGAUCUACCUCGCCUGCACCCUCUCCAUCCUUACCGUCUUUGCCCUCUGGACCGCCUUCUCGGCCCAGUACGCCGCCACCGGUUCCAAGGCAUGGUCCGGCCUCGUCGUCACCCUCGUCUUCCUCUACCAGCCCUGCUACAACUUGGCCUUCAACGCCUUGUCGUACGCCUACCUCCCCGAACUCUUCCCCUACCAGAUGCGAACUCGCGGCGCGUCCGUCUUCCAGUGGUUCUCUCGCGCCGCCCUCUUCCUCAACACCUUUGUCAACCCGAUCGGGAUGGCCAACGCGGGGUGGAAGUACCUCACCUCGUACUGCGUCUUCAUAGCGUUCGAGGUGUUGUUCAUCUACUUUAUGUUCCCGGAGACGUACGGCCGGAGCAUCGAGGAGCUUGCCUUCAUUUUUGAAGAUUCGGCGCAGGAUGAGAGGAGUAAGCGGGUCAACCAGGCGGUGGUGGAGCGCAAGGACUAG